ACUCGAGCCAUCCAUCCAAACAACACAGAGCGGCCGACUGAGAGUGAGAGGCCACUUGGAUCACCAUGACCGCCGCCUCGCGCCCACAGAGCAACGGCGAGCCCCUCGUAGACGGCGAGCCCUUCACCAAGUUCUUCGGGUGCUGGAUCUCCGAGCAGUCCCGCGACCUGGCCGCGCUCCGCGAAGCCGCAGCCGCCGCGUCGUCCUCCUCCGCCGACCUCCGGCGCCUGGUGGACCGGGUGCUGGGCCAUUACGAGCACUACUACCGCGCAAAGUCCGCCGCGGCGGCCGCCGACGUGCGCGCCAUGUUCGCGCCCUCGUGGAUCUCCACCACCGAGAGCCUCUACCUCUGGUGCGGCGGCUGGCGCCCCACCGCCGCGCUCCACCUGCUCUACUCCAAGUCCGGCGCGCAGCUCGAAGCCCAGCUCCCGGCCUUCCUCGACGGCACCGGCAGCCUCCGCGGCGACGACCUCGGCGGCCUCUCCGCCGACCAGCUCCACGCCGCCGACCAGCUGCAGCGCCGCACCAUCGGGCGCGAGCGCGAGAUCGAGGAGGCCGCCGCCGCCGCGCAGGAGUCGUUGGCGACGGGGAAGAUGGUGGAGCUCGCCACCGGGGCCAUGGAGGCGGCGGGGUUGGAGAGGGAGAUGGAGGCCAAGGCGGAGGGGAUGAGGCGGGUGCUGGAGAUGGCGGACGGGCUCAGGCUGGACACCAUGCGGGCCGUGGUGGCGCUCCUCCGCCCGCCGCAGGCCGUGCACUUCCUCCUCGCCGCCGCCGAGCUCCACCUCGCCGUGCACCACUUGGGCCGCCGCAAGGACGCCCACGCCCACGCGCCGGAGUGAGCCAGCGGCGCCCGGGCGCGUGGCAGGCAGCUCUGCAGUACCAUUUAUGACACUCGUCGUCUAGUUGCAAAAGCCCUUUUUUUUUGGCGACUUUGUUUAUUUGGUCAACCCGAGCUGAUAAGCUUUGACCGUGAUGAUUUGAACUAAAUGUCCUUCUAGAAGACCAAAGUGUUUUGCUGUUGUUACGACUUUCAGCUGAGGAGGGCAAUGUACUAGUACUAGGUCAAUAUUUGAAGGAAGAAAACAUCUCAUCAUCCGUCGGCAUCCUCCUAUGGAAGCAAAUCUAACCAAGGGAACCAAUCUGAUGAGUUGCAAUUUGACACCAACUUCUGUCGUA